AUGACGAGCCAAGCAGUGUCCGGCGUCCCCGGCGACGCGGGAUCCCUCCAGAUGGACGAGAUAGCGCAAUGCAUACAGCUCGUUCCCGAGAAAACCAUGCUGGAGAUCAGCAAAGGACCGCUGGGCCGAUUCAUGCAGUCGUGUGAUUACAUAGAAAAAGUGAGCUGCGUAUGGCAAAGUCUGCUGAAGACAUUUGCGACGGCAUCCAUCUCGCAUGCUCAUACCUCGGUGGCUUGCAACACGCUGAGUGCGUUCCUCGACGCAGCGCGGAUCUCCAAGUGCGAGGGCACGAGACGGCUGGUGCUGUCCCGCGAGACUUGGCUAUCGGUAUUCCAGGUAUUCUUGAUUCGCUUCAAGGACGGCAAGCCCAAGCCGAUGAAGCAGCUACUAGAGUCUUUGGUGACUCUUCUAAGCAAAAACUUGGCCGAAGAUGACCGACAGUUCAUCAAGUCGCGGGUGAUCAAUGCCACGAUGCCCAGCAUCGUACUGAACGAGCGUCGUUCUCAGCUCAAGGCGUGUCUCGUUACGCUGGAGAUUCUGGUCCGCAAGAACGCCGUUUCGCCUAUUGAGCUCAUCACAAUGGUUCAGAAUUGGCUUCAGGAAAACGCAGGCCGAUGGAUUCCUCUCUUCCAAGAGGAUUGUAAAGCUCUUUCGAUAGAUGUAAGCCAGUUUUCCGAACGGACCUCCAAUGAUGGAUCGGACAGCCUGGGUUCGCAACGGACGGCUGCGGAGGUGUUCGUGCUGGCUCUAAUGGCCCAGGCAAAAAGCUUCGAGCUGGCCGCGGGACCCGGAGACACAAUGACAGCUUUCUUCCAGAAGCUGAAAACCUUGCCCCAAACCCGCUACUCGCGCGAGUAUGUGCAAAGUUUGCUGUCAGUCUGGGUUGCCCCAGUUAGACAUGUCAUUCUGCAGAACAUGCAUCUCCUUGAGCCCAUAUCCUCUUACUUCCUACACCCUCUGUUCAGUAUUGAUCCGGCUGGCUUCAGACGCUUUUUAAACCAACUGCCGUUGGAGAACCUCUUGACUGGUGACAUGCAUGAUGCCCCGGUUGACGAACUUUCUCUUCUCUUCGCGUCGUUGCAGAUGGCCAAGAAGAUUGGCUUGGUCCAUGAAGAUCAUACUUCCCCCAAAGGCCCCGCUGCCAGGAAUGGAGCACACGAUGACGAUUUGAUUCUGAAGAGCGAAGUGAUCGGGCAGUUUCUCUUCCACCGAGAGUUCAGCAUCAGAAUAGCUGCCUUGUCGCUUCUCAUAACGGCCAAUGCCACUACGAAACCAUUCUCGUCUGCUACCAUGAGGGCUAUCUUGAAGGGACUUCCCUCUUUCCACGCCGAAUCAGAUGCCUAUUCUCGAGGGGAAAUACUGAGCAUUAUACGUAAAUUGAUCCCUCGCCUAAAAGGUGGUAUCAUGAGCAGUGAACAGAACUGGGCCGAGGUGAUGGCUUCGGCAAACAAGAAGCAGCCCCCCAACUUUGCGCGCGAUGAUCCGGAAACUCGGGCCUGCUUGACCGAAUACCUGGAUUUCCUGAAGACAGACCUGCAGCCCACGGCAUCCUACCCUCGUCAUAUCACGUCCUUGAAAACAUUGAUUCUCCUCUUGGAGUCUGGCCUGGAUGCUCGUUUUGAAGGAAGCAUCGUCAGCAAAAACGAAGGGAAUUUCGCCAAAUGGAGAAUGAACAUCGAAGUCUUCGAACCUAGUCUUUUGCGAUUGCUGGUUGAUUUGCUUCUCGAUCCCUUUGAGGAAGUGCGAGCUAGGUCUCUCUCAAUAGUGAAUCUGUUCCCGCGCGAUCUCUUACUCGGUGAUGGCAUUCAACCGGGUAGCAACGCCUCGGACAAGGCACAGCUGCUAAGCGCGUUGGUCACGGCAGAGCAAAUGGCGAGCAGGACUAGCCGUGCGGAUUAUGCGGACACCGUUGCUCGUCUUUAUCACAUCCUGUUCUGUGCGGCGCAGCGGAAUACUUCCGACACCUCGCAGUGGUGGGAAACAAAGAUUGGCGUGGUUGAUGCCAUUCUGAAGAGACUAGAAGCCAAGCUUUCUGUUUCGGGGGCUAUUGUGAAAUACCACCUGCGUGAUGCGCCACUCCACGGACACGUUUCCGCUCUCAGAUAUAUUGUUGCAAUGACGGAUUUUCAUGUUUUAAUUUCCGACCCUGAAUCGCCAAGUCACGAGAACUGGCGGUCUACGCACGCGAGGAUUGUGUUUAUCUGCGACAAGAUUUGGAGCGAAGUCAAACCUGUGCUCUGCAUCGAUUCCCCAGAAGGACACAGUGAUGAACCCGCCGAAGGGCUUUCUGUCGGACCGAAGGAUAUCCUGUCUUACUCCUGGCGUGCUCUGCGAGAAUCGAGUCUCCUUCUCCAUGCGACCCUAGCAAACUCCACAUACGGCCCGCAGGGAUUGUCGGGUUUGACCUAUGAGGAUUACGAGAAGAUUGGGACAACCAGCUUUACGCAGCUUGCCGAACUCCGUCACAGAGGAGCCUUCUCGACCGUGUCUCAGACCUUCGCCACUUGUUGUUUGCGGUGCGGACAGUCUAGCAAUUCAGAGAUUUCCGACCUUCCGAACCGAUGGUAUCAGGAUGCUAGGAAGAUUAUAUUCGAGACAGCUUCCAAACUUACUCGCCGAUCAGCCGGUUUACCAGCUCUGAUCACUGGUAUCGUUUCAGCACAACCGGGAGGGCUGCUCUUCCAAAAGGUCGUUGAUGACCUUCACGAAAUCUCUCAUUUACCGGCUUCCCAUGACAGUGACAAACAAGAGCUGGAACUACCUCAAGUACAUGCCAUGAAUUGUCUAAAGGACAUUUUUACGAACAACAAGUUCGGGGCUUUCACUGAGGCCUUCAUUAUGCCUGCAUUAACCUUGUCCGCUGAACGAAUUGGAUCUCCCAUAUGGGCGCUUCGCAACUGCGGACUGAUGCUCUUCCGGGCUUUACUGACGCGUAUUUGCCGCACGGGAACUGGCUUAGGAUUCGGUGGCAAAUCUGGGUCGGAGCCUGGAGCUCGUGUUUCGUUCCAGAAGUACCCAGGCCUAAUCCAGCUACUAUCGACUCUCCUCACCGAGGAAGAUACACGGAAUAUCGCCGAGCAGGAUGACCAUUCCGUUGUUACGGAGCGUGUGUUCCCAGCCUUGGAGCUCAUUGCCGAGAAGGUGCCGAAUGUUUACGAUGUCGAUGAUAGCCUGAUUCUUGGACUGGUCAAGACACAAUUCAGUAGCCCUGUUUGGGGUAUCAGGGAGCACGCUGCCCGGGUUUAUGCAUCGAUUCUGAAUCGCGCCGAAAUCAUCAAGGACAUCAAGUCACUUGUUGAUGCUGACGCGCAGUCGAAAUCCCAGGACUUGCUCCACGGAAAGGCUCUUUGUGUGCAAUAUGCGCUACGUAGAUUCGCCCUUGUCUCUAACUCACUCUGGAACGAACACGUGGAUGAGUUAUCAUCUUUUAUUAAGCACUUAUUUGCUGUGCUUUUCCCGCUGGCCGAUUCGCCCUUUGUUGCCACUGCUUUGGUGGAGGCCCUGACCGAGUCUGUGGUGAAAAGCUUCGAAGUUGGAGCUGAAAAAACCUUCUUUGCCACCCUAAACGAUAUUUUUGACACACACUCGCUCUAUGAUGUCUUGGAUUUCAUUUUCGAUUCUUCGCAUCCGUCGUGGAAAUCGUUGAGCACUACGCGCGCAGCCUCUCUCCUAAGAAGAGCGCUAGCAUGGGCCGCGGUUCUGCGGAUGCUUGGCACAGAUCAGUCCAACGAGGAGUUGGAGGCAUUCAUUUUGAAGGUUUCCUGUUUUGAUGCCAAUGUCGGCGCCUGGCUUCUUGAACAGCUGCAGGAAACAUUUGGCCAAAAUGCUGGAAACCGCAACACCCUUCUUCGCCUCUACUCAGUCGUCAUAUUAGGGGCCUACCCCGAGGAUGUCAAGUCAUCGGCGAUUGACAGCUUAGCAUCUUGCCUAGAGAGUGUCCUCGAUUUCGGCCUCGAUAAUAUAGGAGGGGUUGUACUUCCGUGGGAAGCUUUAGACAGGCAAAUCAACCCUGGUCCAGCGGCACCCAUUUGGAACCGGGUUCGAUCCGAUGCGGAACUGCGUCUUCAGGGAUGCCUCUUGGCCGCCAAGGUUCUUGCAAACCAAUGCCAGAAUUUACAGGAGGACGUCACUAGGUGGGCCAUCAAACUUCGAUUUGCGAUGCAGGAGGAAACGGAAUUCACGACCCGCCAUGCUGCGGUUGCCUCCCUCACCGCAUUUGGGCGCGUGCUCCGUUCCCCAGGCAAGGCCCCUGUGGCAGAGACAUUCUUCCUAGAACCAUAUUUGAUUCUAUAUGACAUGCUGAAUGACGAUGACGAGGAACUGCGCGACCUUGCCGCCUUAACCGCCUCAUGGGUGCUCUCGUAUUCCCCCGUCACAUCGUUCAAGGCUGUCACACUCUCCCCCUUCAAUGCUAGUCAACUUCUUUCUGAAUUCAUUGUCGAUAAUUACGCUGGGUCACAUCUCCUCUGCAGCCGGAUGAUCCGGUACACCACAGGCCAGGAGUCCCGAAUCGGCGGAUCGACCGAAAGGAAACGCCUGGCUCCAGUUUCAGACUUGGUUUCUGAGUACAUGAAAGAAAGUACCACCCUCUUCGAGGAAGAGAAACAGAACCUCUUCAUCGACGAGGUCCGCGAAGUUAACCGAUGGUCUGGGCAGCUGCUUAAACUAGCAGCAAGCUCGUACGAUGCCCGCUUGACCGGGUCUGUCUGUCAAUGGGUUUCCGACGGACUAUCGUACCUCAUCGAGCUGGUGGUGGAUGGUUCUGGGUCGGGCAAGGAUGGAUUUCUCGGCUGGACCACAAAACCCGAAACGUUUACUUUGGGUGUCCGUCUGAUCGAGCUCGCAGCCGUGAUGGCAUCGCCCGGGUUCCCUGCCUCUAAGAGCCUUGGUGGCGACGGGCAGACAUUGAAGGAGAAGUUACAGCUGCUCUACAUGCACGGUUCCAUCCAGCCGUCUCCGAUGAACAGCAACAUCGUCAUUGCCAUCGUCGUUCUCGUGGCCCUGUUAGGCUGUGGCUGUGGUUGGCUUUACUCACUUCGCUGGCGGUCCGAAGUUCGCGAACGGCUAUUCGAAUCGAGUGCCACGGUGAGAAUACGGAGACUGGAGCGUGGAGCAACGCAACCACGCCGGGCAACAGAGGAAAGGUCUCGAGGACAGCCACCCCCCUCUCGACCUCCCAAGGCUAAGGGCGGUCCGAAGAACAAGGACAAGAAGGCCAAGGGUGGGAGUGGAAAGAAACAGCCGCCGCCGAAACCAAAGCAACGCUCACAGCAACAGGAGUCACAACCGCAAGGAUGGUCUUCAGACAAUCAGCAGCAUGAGCAGGAGAACACAGAUACGGACAACCAGAAUCAAGCUCAAGACCAGGGUUCCUCCACACUGGAAUGGGGUAGCUCGGAUGGCGCCGUGCAGCCCGAAACCAAUCAGUCUACGUCUACCACUACAGUGACUACUGCUGCUGAUGGCCAGGACUGGGGAGGUGUGGACAAUGCGGCUGCUGAAUCGUCUGGACAAGCAAGUGGUAGCGAGAACGAAUGGCAAGCCGAAGGAGGAGACUCGACGGACCAGCCGGCGGGCUCAACGUCGGGAUGGUCGGCGGAAGGAAACAGCAGCUCGGCGCAAGGCGAUCGGAGAUCCAAUGCGAGUGGAGGAAACAGUGAGAUUGAAGCGAAGGGAUGGGACGCGGAAGGAAAACGGAAUGAUGAUCAUCCGGAGCAGAGGCCAGACUCGGCGUGGUGAGGAGGUUGUAACGACGGUAGUUUCGUAUAGUCGGUGACUUGCGAAGUAUGAAAAGUGCUGCCUGAGGAAUCAAGACGAUGCGCAAGUGGUCGCUCCGGCCCGCCGCAGUCAGUGACGUCUCUUUCUUUCCCCCCCGCGAAUCUCCAGGCCGCCGCCUUUCCUCCUUCUGCUUAUUGUUUCUCCCCC